GGUCCAGGGAGUGACUUUUAGCUUUUACUGCUACAACAGAGAAUGAGAGAGUGGACGAGACAUUAGCACAAACCUGAAAGUGCCUGGGGAGGGACAGGAGAGAGGAGAAACUAAUAUUACUGUUUGAGUCUUGAGUGAAGGAGGGAAGAAGAGAAGCAAAAGUUAGAGUUCAGUAAAGGAAAAGAAAGUUGUGGAUCCUGGUCAGCACAGAGCUUCAUCAUGGCCACCUUGAAGGAGAAGAGGACUUGUGGGCAGCGAUGUGAAGACUUUGGCCGUUUUGUCUGGAAUUCCGACAAUGGGACGUUUAUGGGGAGAACACCAGAGAAAUGGGUGUACAUCAGUCUGUAUUUUGUGGCCUUCUAUGUGGUGAUGACAUCCCUCUUUUGUCUGGCCAUCUGGACCCUCAUGUACACUUUGAGUCCUUAUGCACCGGACUAUCAAGACCGGCUACCAUCUCCGGGGGUGAUGGUGUGGCCGGACACUUAUGGAGAGGAAGAUGUUGAAAUCUCCUACAACUCAUCAAACAAGGCCAGCUGGAUGAAAAUGUCCAACAUCCUUCAUACAUUCCUGGAGCCCUACAAUGACACCAAGCAGCUUGAAUGUAACAACUACAACUGCACUAAGGGAAAGUACUUUAUCCAGAACACCUUCUCUGCCCCCCACCACACCAAGUGGGCAUGUCCGUUCACGCAAAGUAUGCUGGGACCCUGCUCAGGAUUAGAGGACCCAACCUUCGGCUACAACUGCACCAUGCCUUGUGUCAUCAUUAAGAUGAACAGGAUCAUUGAGUUUUUGCCUUCUAAUCACACUGAGCUUCCCCCAUACGUCAACUGCACUGUACUGGACGGACAAGCUAAUGUGGACAAAAUCGAGUAUUUCCCUGACAGGGGUAUUAUGGAUCUCUCUUAUUUCCCUUACUACGGAAGACUGGCACAGCCUACCUACGUCAACCCGUUGGUGGCGGUUCGGUUCAGCCUGGUCGGAGAGAAGCACGCCAAGAUCCAGUGCCGAGUGGUCUCCGACAAGAUCAGCUACGAGAACUUCCACGACCCCUACGAGGGAAAAGUCAUCUUCUACCUCAAAGCAGUGAAAUGAGAAACAGUAGCUCAGAUAUAAUCAUGUAACAACUCACCUGUCAGUAUCAAAGCUAGAGCAGGUGUCUACAGAUCAAUAGUGACUAUUAUUUAAACCACUUGUAUUCAACUUAACCCAACAGUAUAGGCCCACUUGUAAAUCUCUGUGCCGUAUGGUGCUUUUAUAGACAUGAUUUUGUCAUGCUUUGCUGAAUGAUUAAUUCUUUGAACUUGUUUGUUAUCUGAUUUUUAUGUUUUACCAUAAGAUAAAAAGUAAGAUCCAUUAAUCUAUUUAUUGUUAUGCAACCUGGUGCACGCUAACAUAUUUAACCUCUGUCUGCAUUCUUCUCCAAAAACCUGAGGAUGUCAGAGGGAAACUACUAGAUUCUUAAACACAACAGAACAUGUUCAUGUGGUGACAAAUGUAGCUAAUGCAUCUUUCAAAUGUCUUUCUAAAUAAAACUCAAUCCAAUUUUA